AUGGUUCCAACUCAGCGGGAUUCUCGGCUUUGUCUCCUUCUGCUGCUGGGGCUCUUGGGAGUGGUGAUUGCAUUCCAUGGCGCACCCGGUAAUCUAACCCCAGCUCAGUGGUUUGAAGUUCAGCACAUAAACAUGACCAACAGUCAAUGCAACAUCGCGAUGCAGCCAAUUAACAAACAUCUUAAUUCUUCUGGAAGAACAUGCAAACGAUUCAAUACUUUCCUCAACACAACGUUUGCUGCUGUAGCUAAUGUUUGUACCACCAGAAACGGAACCUGCCAUAGCAGCCACUAUACAAAUUGUCAUAACAGCUCAUUUCAAGUCAGCGUAACCAACUGCAACCUCACAACACCUUCAAAACAAUAUUUGAACUGCAGAUACAGUCAAUCACAGGCACUGAAGUUCUACACUGUUGCCUGUGAAUGCAGAACUCGACAAGACAGUGUUACCCACAUUCAGGUUCCAGUUCACUUGGAUUGGAUCUUCUAAGUCCUGGUCAAGCUCAUGUGCCAAGCCCCACAGUCACAGCUACUGUUACAUCUCACCAUCUACCCUAGAUAUCAGCAUCGGUCCUCAUUGCCAGCUCCCAACCCUCUUUAAACUUUGCUGAGCUGAAGCUCCUGUGUUCCUACAAUAAACUACU